AGAUUGAAGCGGCGAUUCUCCCGUAUCCCUCAAUCCUUCCCUCACCGCUGCUCUCCUUUCCCUCUCUUCAUCUCUCUCCAAAUUUAAGCAAUUUCUUCAGAUCACAUAUAAAUGGAUAUUUCGUUUUUAUUCGACCUUAAUCUCCUCCUCUUUUCAAGUCCCCAGAUUGUUGUCCACAACAACCGCUUUAAUCGCGAAAACCACAAUCCAUCACGAUUAGAGCAAAAGGAGUUUCUUAAAACGACGUUUAAUCCGACGAAAUUGAUUGUCGAAUUAUCAUUUAGUAAGUUGAUUAAUUGGCGCAAGUUAUUGAAGAGAUUUUUGUCCGUGCAAAGAAAGCUGCAGUAUCCCUUGAUCCCAAGGCGGAAACAUGAAUGAGACGAAACCCUCUGAUGAAAAGACAGAGCAUGAUCCAUCUGAGGGUUUGAAGACGAAUUCAGAGCCCAAGGCGAAGAGAGGAGGCCAUUCUGGCCGUGUUGUGCCCUGUGAAUCCCUAACUUUGCCUCCAAGCUGUCACGGUCAUGGUCAUGGGAACCCAAUGGCGGCCCCGGGCCCUGGGAAUCAGUCUAGUACAAUGGCGUUGUCGCCUAAUUCAAAGUCGAGUAUGAGCCAGGGAUGGAACGCUAGUGCUCGAAGCGAUAGUCUGGAUGGUUCCUGUGCGCCUCUCAGGCCCCACACCGGUGGCGAUGUUCGUUGGGAUGCCAUCUCUUCGUCAUCCUCCAAAGACUCCCCGCUUGGUCUGACCAACUUUCGACUGCUCAAGAGACUUGGGUAUGGAGACAUUGGGAGUGUUUACCUUGUUGAACUGCGAGGGACGAGUUCCUUCUUUGCCAUGAAGGUUAUGGAUAAAAGCUCUCUAGCUAGUAGAAACAAACUGCUUCGGGCUCAAACGGAGAGGGAGAUUCUUGGCCUUCUCGACCACCCCUUUUUACCCACCUUGUAUACGUACUUUGAGACGGAGAAGUUCUAUUGCUUGGUGAUGGAGUUCUGCAGUGGAGGCAACCUUCAUUCUCUUAGGCAGAAGCAGCCCGCCAAGCAUUUCACAGAGGAUGCUGCUAGAUUUUACGCAUCAGAGGUGCUGUUGGCGCUCGAGUAUCUGCAUAUGCUGGGAAUCGUUUACAGGGAUCUAAAGCCAGAGAAUGUGCUUGUGAGAGAAGAGGGCCACAUCAUGCUAUCCGACUUUGACCUCUCGCUCCGCUGCUCUGUCUCUCCCACUCUGGUGAAGUCCUCAUCCACUCAUGACGCGAGCACCGCAGAUGCUGCUGCUAAUGGCAGCAUCUUGAACGAUGAGAACGCUGUGCGUGGCAGUGCUCAGCCCUCGUCCUUCUUCCCGCGCCUCCUGCCUAAGAAGAACCGCAAAUCAAAAUCAGACUUUGGGCUGGGGAACAACAUGAAUGGACUCCCUGAGCUGAUGGCAGAGCCAACGAACGUACGCUCCAUGUCUUUUGUGGGGACGCACGAGUAUCUAGCUCCGGAGAUCAUCCGGGGAGAGGGGCAUGGGAGUGCAGUGGAUUGGUGGACUUUUGGGAUAUUCUUGUAUGAGCUCCUGCACGGGACAACGCCUUUCAAGGGGGAUGGGAACCGCGCGACGCUGUUCAAUGUGGUGGGGCAGGCGCUGAAGUUCCCGGAUGGUUCGCAGGCGAGUGCAACAGCAAAGGACCUCAUAAAGGGGCUGUUGGUGAAGGAACCGCAGAAGAGGAUCGCGUACAAGAGGGGCGCCACCGAGAUCAAGCAGCAUCCUUUCUUCGAAGGGGUGAAUUGGGCUCUGGUGAGAAGCGGAGCGCCACCGUAUGUUCCGGACCCGGUGGACUUUGGGCAGUUUGCCAGUAAGGAUGCAAAGCAAUCUACAGACAAAAAGGCUCCGGAGAUGGGACAGGACAAGAACAAAACAAGCUCUUCUGAUUCUUCAUAUGUUGAGUUUGAGUACUUCUAAGUCUUAUUGUUGUGUUACUCUCACUGAAUUGGACAAUGUUAUUUAUCUCAAAUUAAUUGAAAAAUACGAUUGUAACAA